UUCGCGAUGUCCCUUCAGACUUUUUCCGAAAAACGUGAGACAUUUUGUUGAUGAGAAUCCCUCUUCUUUCCCUUUGAGAUUGAAGAUGUCAGAUCUCAGCCAGGUAUCCGUUUUCUCCGACUCUUCGGACAUUUAUAAGAAUGUGUUCUGUAACCCUGCGUUUGAGCUGGAGGGGGAGCAGGAGGAGAGGGUGGAAGGUUUCAGGACAUCCUCAUCCACCCCUGAACCAAUGAAACCCCCAGCUGCCAGCUUUCUGGAAGUGUGCUCGAUGCAUCUCAGAGGCACAGGUGGUGGCUGGGGGGUGGUGGUGGUCUCUGCUGCUGCCCUGCUCCUGUUAACAGCCAUUGGACUGGUGCUGGCUUUUAUUCUCACUCAAUUAAAGGGCCAGGUAAUAGACAAUCAUCUGACCACAACCUCUACAGGCCUACAAAGUGCAGGACAUGAAGUAUCACACACUUCACCCACAAUACCUUCAAAAAUAAGUCACAUAGAGAGCACGAAGGUACCACAGACUGCCAGGAUCCCCCAGUCUGAAACAAGUUGUGGAGGUGGUAUGACUGACUUAGGGGGAAGUUUCAGUUCCCCAAACCACCCUGGCUCCUACCCCCCAAACUCACACUGCAUCUGGGUGAUCCAGGUACCACCCCCUCACUUGGUUCAGAUUCGUGUUUCCUCUCUGGCAGUGGAGGGUCCAUCUCCCUGUCUGUUUGACUGGUUGGAGGUUCAAGAGCAGGUCGAGCAGAUCUCUGUGUUCACCAGGUUUUGUGGUAACGUCGCCCCACCAACAAUUAACACAAACAGCAGUACCGUGUGGGUCACCUUCCAGUCUGACGGCAGCAUCGCCGGUAAUGGCUUUGCUGCACAGUACAGAGCUGUCCUGCCGGCAAACAAGAGCUGCAACAGAGAAGAGUUCAUGUGUGAUGGCGGUCGAUGCCUGCUUCCUGUGUCUGUGUGUGAUGGUCAUCUAAACUGCAAUGACCAAACAGACGAGGCAAACUGCAGCCAUAAGCACAAAGAAUGUGGUGGUCAGAAGUCUGGCCCUUAUGGUUACAUGGCAAGUCCAAAUCACCCCAGGCCUUAUCCUCACCAACAGCUGUGCAUGUGGCAUAUAUCUGUUGACGAGGGUCAUGUCAUCAUGCUGAGCUUCACAAACUUUAGCCUGGAAACCCAGGAUGUGUGUGAGUUUGACUAUGUGGAAGUUCAUGACAGCAGCAGCAUUGGAGCUGGAAGGGUUUUAGGGAGGUUUUGUGGUACCACCUUCCCACCGGAUCUGACCUCCUCGGGCCACCACAUGACAGUGGUGUUUGUGGCUGAUGAAGGCGUGGCUGACAGUGGCUUUAAAGCAACAUACCAGGCUGUAUCUGUGCUGAACAAAACAUGUGGCCCAAACCAGUUUGCCUGCAGCACAGGGGAGUGCCUUCAGCAGCAGUGGCUGUGUGAUGGUUGGAACGACUGUUCAGACGGAGCUGAUGAGCAGGGCUGUGGGAACUCCACCUACCCUCCUUUCACUUCAUCCUGUGAGAUCAUAGAGGUGGAGAUGUGUCAGGGCCUCAGUUACAACUUGACCUCAUUCCCCAACAUAUGGCUGUCCAUCUCUGACCAGAGAGAAGCCGCCACACUCCUGCGACAGUACCGGGUGCUAAUGGAGCUGGCAUGCUUUGAGCCUCUACGGAGGCUGGUGUGCGGGAUGUUUCUUCCUCAGUGCAGCCCUCAGGGUGGCAUCCUCCAGCCCUGCCGCUCAGUCUGCUCCUCUGCUGAGCAGCAGUGCAGCCAGGCCCUGGACCUCUUCUCCUUUAGCUGGCCUUUCAACUGCCACCUCUUACUGGACUCGCAAGACCCCCUAGAGUGUUCACAGCCUUAAAGAUUUCACUGAGAACACAUUCGAGUUCCCAUUGUGGAGUUACUGCAAGACCCAUAUUAGUGUUUUAACCAGAGGAUGAUGCAGCACAUGGCAUAGUUGUGAG